AUGCCCACCACCCCCGUCCAAAAUGCCAACACAGACACUGCUGCAGAAGUGUACAUACGCCACUGCUCGGUACACAUUCUUCCUUUUUUGGCAAUGGGGCGACGAAACAAAAAUCCUCAGAGAGAUGUCACUUCUGCGGAAAGUCACAGAAAGGAAGUUGACUGCAGGGCCCUAUACAUAUUGACGGACACUCUGCAGACUUGUUUGACCGACACCUCUGACGACCAACUGGGGAGCUCAACAUUGCCCAAAAGUACAUCUCAUGCGAGGUUUCUUGAGAUUUAUGUCAACGCCGAAAAGCUCAAUGCCGCCCGUCAUCGAAGAAACUCGCAUCCAGACCUUUCAAAACUGUCAAAGGACCAUAUAUCAAUCGAAGAACAUUAUACUAUUAUCGACAAGUUCCAGGAGUACUUUACGGAGCUCUUAUCUUUCCAGCAGCGCAAGAAUAACUCGAUUAUCAACGGCAUUAGAGAAGCCCUAUUGCAAGUUGAAGAAGUUGGCCGCAAAAUGGAAGCUGAUCAAAGAGAUAAGCAUAUGAUGCAUAGUAAAGUUAAAGAUCAGUCUAAACAACUGCAGAAAGCUGAGGCGGAAAAAAACGCAGAAGUUAAGCGGAGAUUGGAGGAAGAAAGAGACAGAAAGAAGAGGACCUAG